UCAUUAAAAAUGCUGCGGUACCUGCUACUCGUUAUGACCUGCCUGGUCAGCGCAGGAGUCUUUGCCAGUAGACAAGUUCGUUCUCCAGGAGGUAGUGGCUGGCAAGGAAGCAGUAAUUUCGGCGGCCUACCGUCCGUUGGGGUAGCACGUUCAUCUUUAGAUGGCUGGGCCGGCUCUGGGUCUAGCUUUGGCCGUUCAGCUGGCCAUGGGAGCUCAGGAUGGCGUGGAGCAAGUGGAAGAAGCGGUGGGGGAUAUUCUGGGAAUAACGGAUGGGCCUCAAAUGGAUUCAGUUCAAGAAAUGCGUAUGACGGCAAUGGUUAUAAUUCAGGAUAUGAUGAUGGAGGUUAUGGGGGCAGCAGCGCUUUUUCAAGUGAUGGUUGGGGGGGUUCCGGAGGUUAUAAUUCAGGUUUUAGGUCAUCCAAUAGUUGGGGUGGUUCAGGCUCAAAUUUUCGCUCCAAUAGCGGAUGGCAGUCAUCGGGAUGGUAAAAUAUCUAUUCUUAACCUUUUCAUUAAUUUCAUAUGUAUUUUUUUCAAUUGUAUAAAGAUAUUUGCUUUGGCUUGUAAUGUGUAAGAUGUAUAAAACGUAUUAUUUGCUUGUUUUCAAUUUACAAUGUUAGUUCGUGAGAUUCGUUGCAGGUGCACUUUAAUUGAAGUUUGUUUUUGUAUGACGUUAUUCUGUACAUUGAAAGGGUGUUGUUAGAAUGCUGCAGUACUGUAAAAUUAAAGCGAAUUAUAAAAACAAUG